GGGCUCUGCCCUUGCCCCGCUUUCCUGAGCACAAGGCUGCCCUCACUGCUCACCGAUGGUGGAGGACAAGCUUGCCCAGCACUAGGAGCCCGAGCAAGAACUCGCCAUGCCAAUCAAACCUGUUGGGUGGAUAUGUGGGCAGGUGUUGAAGAACUUUUCUGGAAGAAUCGAGGGGAUCCAGAAAACAGUCAUGGACCUUAUCGAUGAGUUUAAAGAUGAGUUCCCUACCAUCCUAAGGUUAUCAAAGUCUAAUCAGAAAAGAGAACCCAUGCAGAAAACAUCAAAAAUCAGAAUGGCCAUUGCUUUGGCGAAGAUCAACCGGGGAACGUUAAUUCAAGGAUUACACAGCAUAUCCAGAUCCUCCAAAUCAGUGGCUGAACUCCUGCAGCCUCAGCUUGUCUGUAGACUUUUAGAGUUAAGGGACAUAGCUCAUCAUCUGCUGACGGAAGUCGAUGCGCCAAAGCAACCCCUAUAUAACAUGCAGGUCAGGAAGGGUUCUUUGUUCGAUAUCAUUUCCUUCCCAGCAAAGACUGCUUUAGCUAGCCUAAUAUAUGCCUCAUAUGCAGCAUUAAUUUAUUUGACAGUCUGUGUUAAUGCUGUUCUGGAGAAGGUAAAGAAGAUUUUCCAAGAAGAAGAAUCCAUAAGGCACAACAGAGAGGAGAGCGGGAAUCUUAGAAAAGCCUUUUCGGAGCCUGUAUUUCCUGAAGGCGAAAUCAAAGCUAGACCUUACAGGUCGUGGCCGGAGAGGCCAGACAAUGUUUCAGAUGUUCCUGCUCGUCAUUUGAAUGAUGAGAUCCAGGUUUUACAUUCUGUGUUUGACCAAUCAACUGAAAUAAAUGAGUGA